GUCUGCACAGGAGAUGAAGCACAUGGAGAACGUAUCCAGCCUCUUCCAGGGCGACUAUCAACCUGCUGGGGAGCAGCCCUGGGAGAUGAUCAUGGACAAGAAGCACUUUAAACUCUGGCGACGGCCCAUCGAGGGCACCCACUUGUACCAGUACCGAGUGUUUGGGUCGUACACAGAUGUGACUCCCCGACAGUUCUUCAACGUACAGCUGGACACUGAAUACAGGAAGAAAUGGGACUCACUGGUCAUCAAACUGGACGUAAUCGAGAGAGACUUGGCCACUGGAUCGGAAGUGAUUCACUGGGUCACUCAUUUCCCGUACCCCAUGUACUCACGAGACUACGUCUACGUUCGGCGGUACAGCGUAGACAAGGAGAACAACCUGAUGGUGCUGGUCUCACG